UGGAGAGUGAAGGAAUCAUGAAAGCUGCUCAGGAAAUGGGUUUCUAGGGAUCAGCUCUUUGGGCUGCUGGACGUUUCAGCCACAUUCCCACUGAUCUCUCUCCUGCCCAGGUAACUGGAAAGGAUGUCGGAGGGGAGUUCAGGCAACGAUGCUGGCAACCCAGGCAGCCUCCGGCCUGGACUCCCUGGGGCACGAGGGCUGAUAGGGAGGAGACCUGCCACCCCAAUUACGCCUGGGCGCCUCCCCUCCAUCCGUUCCCGAGACCUUACCCUCGGAGGCGUAAAAAAGAAAACGUUCACCCCCAACAUAAUUAGCAGGAAGAUCAAAGAGGAGCCGAAAGAGGCUGUCUCCAUCAAGAAAGAGAAGAAAGAGAGAGAUCGGGAUCGGCAGCGAGAUGGCCACGGGCGAGGCAGAGGGAGGCCGGAGGUCAUUCAGUCCCACUCCAUCUUUGAGCAAGGCCCAGCAGAAAUGAUGAAGAAGAAAGGCACCUGGGACAAGACUGUGGACAUGACCGACUUCGGCCCUUCCCACAUCAUCAACAUAAAGAAAGAGAAGAGGGAAACGGACGAGGAGACCAAGCAGAUCCUGCGUAUGCUGGAAAAGGAUGACGUACGCAAGGCUGGGAGGGAGGGGGCAGGGCUAGCGUUCUCCAGCCGGAACAAGCCGGUUCAGCUGCCGCUGGCCCACUCGGGCUGGCUGUUCAAGGAAGAGGGGGAUGACCAGGAAGACAUCAAGCCCUGGGUCUCCAGCACCGACAUCAAGGAAGAGAAGAUGGAAGUGGAUUUGCCUGCAGUGAAAGUGAAAGAGGAGCCCCGCGACGAGGAGGACUCGGAGCAGCCGCCGGCGGUCACCAAGCCAGCUCCGGCAAAGGCACCUCCCAGCUACCCCCAAGAGAUCUCCGUGGCAGAGAUGCUGCAGCAGCUCAGCCUGAGCAAGGAGGAGGAGCUGGUCUUUUUGCAGCUGCCGGACACGCUCCCCGGGCAGCCGCUCACGCAGGACACCAAACCCAUCAAAACAGAGGUGCAGAACGAGGAGGGGCAGCUGAUGGUGGUGAUGCAGGAGAAGAGCCAGGAGGGCAAGCAGGCUGAUCACAUCUGCACCCUGGCGGACCUGCCGGAAGGGCAGGUGGGGAAGCUGCUGAUCCGCAAAUCGGGGAGGGUGCAGCUGGCGCUGGGCAGAGUGACUCUGGACGUGACCAUGGGGACGCCCUGCUCCUUUCUGCAGGAGCUGGUAUCCGUGGGCAUCGGCGACAGCAGGACUGGCGAGAUGAUCGUCCUGGGGCACGUCAAGCACAAACUAGUGUGUUCCCCAGACUUCGAGUCCCUGCUGGAGCACAAGCAUCGAUAGGCGAGAAGUGCGGGGGCAGGGGGGAGUUCUCUGGCUUUCUCCUCUCCUUUGUGAAGGUUCAGGACAAGCAGCAGCGACUCGGAAUCUCCCAGCUGGGCUGCUCCUCCCACCCGCCCAGGACCCCCAGCGCAGCUCCGGCGCCGUUCUGGCUGCGGGAAGCAGGCGCGUCCCCCAGGAGGCUUGCCCGUGGCCGUGCGAUGCCCUCUGUGCUGCUACAUCGCCCACGGGCAUCUGGCACGGAGAGGCCUCUUCUCCGGGUUCUUUGCUGGCUGAGCUCUGAGCAAGAGGCAUGAGGAGGGCUCCUCCCCUCCAGCGGUAGCUAUAAUUACAGGGGACAGGUGCGUUCCUGUCCCGCCUGGCACAAGCCUGCACAUGUCUAUUCCGUGUGUAGAUGAACUCUUCCCACCCUGUGCAUGUAGCAAAGCCCGAGUAACUUCUCCUCUGCCUGGGGGCCUAGCUGCGGAUCUGAGACAAUCGGGGUUCGGGUGGGUGCGGCGUAGCCUGCCCGUGGGGGGCUUCCCUUCAGCCCUCUGGGCUGUGUAUGAGCUUGCAGUGUCUUCCCAUAUCCACUGCCUUGCCCUGCCCGAGUCCCCUCACCCAGCCAGCGCCUGUGACAAAGCCCCUCAAGCAACGUCCCUGCCAUUGAGUGAGCUGCCUCUGCCACCCUCCCACGCCCUGCUGGGGAGAGCCCACGAGCCAAGCCCACGGCCCAGCCUGGGGACAGUUACGCUUUCGCCAGUGUUUCCCCUUUGGGCUGAGCUACCAAGGGAGCUGUUCCUGCCCGCUCUCGGCCCUGCCUGUCCCCACGCCCAGGCUGGAAUCCUGCCUCUCUCCCUAGGCUGCAGUCAGACGCAGCAGGCCCAUGCUAGCUGGCUCCGGCUCCCACGUAGGGGGUGUUGAAUUGCGGCGCAGCUCUGCCGAGACCCGCUGUCAAGGUCCCGGAGGCCGGGCUUCGGCCUGAGCCUGCAAAUCUACGCUGAUGCCAAACAGCUGGAGCCAGCUGGCCCGGGCCAGCCCCGGGUUUUUCUUUGCAGUGUAGACGUGCCCCGAGGCAAUUCUGUUCUGUGCAGCCAUUCGGUGCCUUGCUUUCACUGCCCCCCAGAGAGACGCACUGCCUCGCGUCCUUGCUUGUGUCCCUUUAAAAGGCUAGGCCCUGUGCCGGGCAGGGUGCGAUUCGGCCUUGUGGGUGAAUCUCUCCGCACCAAGGCGUGAAGGGGAGGAGCCCUGUUUGCCAAAGUCACUUUGAACUCCUAAGUGGGAUGGGCCUGUUUCAAUUUUCCAGCCCGCCCUGCUGGGGAACCAUUGGAGAAUGUGCCAUUAACUUCACCCACGGCUCGUCAUGCUGUUGAGAGGAGUCAAACAUUAAAAUGUGGCCUAGGUCCCAAAUCCAGUCAGUGCCCUUCAAGCUCCUCCCGGCCCCUGUUUCUCCCAAUCCCAAAAUCUGGCUGGUUGCUGAUGGGCCCAGUGCGUUCAUUGUAUUAUUGAGGCUGUGGAGGAAUAGGCCAAGUCCACUUGUGUACAAUGGCCGCUAGGUUCUGGAGGACUCCACAGAAACUACUUCGUUCCACCUCUUCCGCUGAGACUUCAGCCGCCCCGAAUUCCUCGCCCGUUGGUGUGAGCAGCUGACGAGAGCCAUUGACCUCCCCGGCUGCUUGCGCUGAGGCAGCGGAUUCCCACUGGGGCGGUCGCUCUCAGAAGACCUCUGCGCUUGACGCGGUGGGAGAGCCGGAGAGAGCUGCCCUCCCCGCAGUGUGGCGGGAAGGGGGCUGGACUCUACCAGCAGCGUUUUGUGUGGCAAUCUAAGUGGAAUAAAACUGCUUCUGAGUGCCCAUG